AGCUCUUACACGCAGUUCGUGGCCUUGUUUGUGCUCAAAUUGAUAAAAGCAGUGGCGAACGGAGGAGGGUAUGUAUGGGUGCACGCUUCCUAACUUUUGAGAGGCGGAGAGAGAAGGGGGGACAGCAAGUGGUGACGUCGAUUUCUCUACUACCGAUAUCGAGAACGAUUGCCUGCCUGAAAUAGAGCAAAUCGGUGUUGCUAAUUUUUGGGGAAAAAGUCUUCUCGUGGACUGCUAAAGUUGGAGAAGGAUAUCUUCAAAAUGGAGACUCUAAGUUUUAUGACGUAAUUUAAACAUGGAUGUGGUUAUAAAGCCUGCUCCUGCUCCAGAUGAAUUGAAAGAUGUUAUCACCACAUCUUACAAGGAGAAAUGUCAAAAUGAAGCUUUUUUUAUUCCUAAUGGAUUCGUGGAAACUAAUGAAUCUCUGGGAAUUAAAGUGAAUUCACCCCCAAUUUCUCCAAAUAUUCUCGAUUCUUCCGCGGAGGGAAAAACUGCUAAUUUGAACGCUAAAUCGUCCCAGAAGUCAACUACUGACAAAGCCCAAAAAUUAGGAAAGACAUCAAAGAAAUAUCAAAAAUCAAAUUUAACAAUCACAAGCAAGACCAGCGUGAAAUCUAACAUCUCAGGUAUCCCUGGUUCAUCUCAGGAACCUGUUGUUGUAAAUAAUAAACUUGAAAGCAAAAAAUAUUCGAAAAAUGGUCUUAAAAGGCAACUUCAAGGUGCAAAUGUACAAAAAAGAGACUAUUUCAAAUUUCCUAUGAACAGAUCUCGAUGGUGCGAUGGAAAAGGAGAAAAACCUUUUAAGUGCAACAUCUGUGAGAAACUCUACAAGUACAUGUUUAGUCUCAAACGUCACUAUCUUCGAAUUCACAUAAAUGCAGAAUAUAUAUCGGAAGCUGAUUUAGCCAACUGUAAAAUAAACGUUAACGGUGAUCGCAGGGAGAAAAAGAAAGAUGUCGCCGUCCCUCCAAACCGUAAGAGACUUAAAACCAGUGGAAGUAGCUUUGAAAACAAUGAUGGAAAACCUGGUCUUUAUAAAUGCUCGUUUCACAAGGUCAAAUAUGACCUGGAAACUGAGUUGAAGAACCACUACGCUACUGUCUUUCAUCCAAAGAAAGAGGAAUUCAUAUGUAAGAUUUGUAAAGAAAUAUUUGAAACAAAAGCAAAACUGUGCGAUCACGUCAAAGUUUGUUCCCACAUUAACGAAGAUGUGGCGAACCACUGCAAAAAAUGCAAAGUAACUUUCCAAUCCUCCGCGGACUAUGAAUAUCAUCUUAGUAUACACGGAAACGGUAAAUUUUGUAAGUACUGCAAUAAAGAGUUUUCUAAUAUUGCCAAUAGGAAGAGACACGAAAACUUGCACGAUGGUUCUCAGAGUUUUAAGUGCAAACACUGUGAGUUUUCAUCUCAAGCAAAAAAAGAUUUGAACAUUCAUAUACGAAAAUUACAUAUGGAUUUAUAUUAUAGAUGUGAUAAGUGUCCUAAAUAUGGAAUUGCAAAAAUAUAUGCAACAAAAUCUUUACUACAAGCUCACAUGGUAGAAAGACAUGGCGAGAAGAAAGAAUUAGUGUCCAAAACUGCUUCUCCUGUUAAAUUAAGUCCUAAAACGAAAAGUCUUCAAAACCACCUGAAAGAAUCUCAAGUUAACGUUGUAGUACCCAAAAGUUCGGUACCAGAAAUUAAAAAUAAUGCAGAAACAAAGAGCUUUGUUGUUAAGCCAUCUCAAAACUGCCAGUCAUCCUGUGUUUGUAAUUUGUGCAAAAAGGCAUUCCCAGAUGUGAGAGCUAUGUUGAGACACAAAAACAUAGCUCACAAAAAGCGUACAACUUAUAAAAGAAAAGUGAAAAAAACAAUAAAAGUGAAAACAUUGUCCAAAAAGCCAACCAAAAAAGAGAUCGAAGAAGAGCAACUUCGUUUUUAUAUGAAUGUUUCACAUAAUAUUGCUGACAAUCUGCUUCAUUAUGUUGAUGGCACAAUUAGUCAACUCCGUUUAAGUGAAGACAGUUCGUGCAAUAAGAGAAUUCUCUCUGAUCCCGAAUCCUGGAAUUUAAAUUUUUGUGACCAGUUUGGGAAACCAUGUUCUAGCAGCAUUGUGACUUCUAAAACUCCAGAAAAAGUUAGACCUCCAGAAAUUUUUAUCGCUACUGGUUUGAAUAAGGUUGAUGAUUGUCCAAACAAAACAUUAAUCUCUGAAAAUUCUGUAAGUCUCUCUGAGUUCAAAAAUGAGUUCAGAUUGAAUGUUCUGAACAAUGAUAUGUACUUUUCCAAGCAAUCUGAUACCAGGUGUUUCUGCCACAUAUGUUUAGUUAAAAUCAAAGAAGCUCAAAAACGAAAUGUUGAAGAGCGGAAGAAAUGGAUUGACAAUAAAAAGUUAUUCGUGUAUGUGUGUUUAGUCUGCAAAGAACCAUUUAAUUCAGAUUGUGACUUCGAUGAACACUGUUAUAACAACCAUCCAUUAAUUGAUACACAAUCUAUUUUAGUAAAAAUAGAAAGUGACAAAAAUAAACCUCCCAUCAUCCCUUAUGAUAUGUCUCGAAAAGUGAAUCCUACUCCUCACGGAAUAUUAACGUCUGAUUCUCAGAGUUCCCCUUUAAUGCUCAAAACUCAAGCAAGUUCUAAAUGUACCAAAUGCAAAACGAUAAUCAGCACAUCCUUUUUGCAUGAGCAUAUUCUUAGAUGCGGUGGCAACGAAUCUUACUUUGUGAAGAAACAUUUCAGAAAACGUAUGCGACGAAAAAGAAUCAAGAAUACCAUGAAGCAUAGACUUGAUCUGACAAUUAAGCAGCUGCCAUCAGGAGAAAGGAAACGUUAUAAAGAUUUUCGUAUUCAAAAAGCUAAGUUUAAAUACGAUAAAAAUUAUUUCAAUUUUAAAAAUGGUAAAUCAAGUAAGGGUCCUUUUGCAUCUGUGAAAGAAACCACACCACCCUGCUCUGCAUGCAAUAAAAAGUUCCCUUCUCAAGCCCAGUUGAAAAACCAUCAAUGCUCAGCUGAUAAGUUGAAAAAAGUACAGAGGUUAACCGAAUUUAAUGACUUUGGUUUUCGGGGAAACGCCGAUUUAAAUCUAAGACAAAAAGAACAUUGCAAACGAGAUUUGACGCCUUCAUUUCAUAGUACAGCGCUAAGUAAAGAGCAACGGACUCAGAAUGGCAACUUACAAAACAAACAUCCUGCUAAUAUCAGUUCUAAAUAUUCAGGUGACUUGAAGGUAAAUAUGUCAUCUCCGCAGCCUUGUCAUGUUUCUAAACUAGUUGAUAGUACCAAUUUUGAGUCUGCUAUGGAUUUAUCAAUUUCUAAGAAGUCUUCUGUAUUGUCUGCUACACCUGACAAGCAUACAAGACUGCUAUCCACUGUAAGUAAGGACUUAACUAAGUCUCCAAUUGAUGCAUUGAAAGAGACUAUUGAUAGGUUGACAAAUAAAGAAGUAACAGAAGUUGCUAUCGAAAACUCAGGAAUUAAUAAGGAUUCAAAGAUUGUAAGAAAUAAAGAUAAGAUGAUAAGGGAUAGCAAAGGAAAGAUAAGCAAUAGCAAAAUCUCAACAAUUGUAAAAAUUAUAGCCAAGAAAGAUGUAAGAGAGAAAAAUAUUUGUCCUGGCAAAGAUCUGUCCUGUGAAAAAAUAACAGCUAAUAAAAACGUAUCAGGUGUAAAACCAAAAUUAGAUAGUGAUUUGACUGAUGGACAAAACAAAGCUAACAAAAUUGUUACAAAUGAAAAAGUAAUAGACACAACAGGAGAUAAAUUGAAUGUUAUAAAAGGUAUAAUACUAGAGGAAGGGAAGAAAAAAAUUCUUGUCCCUCCAAGUAAGAAUGUUAAAAGCAUCAGUAUGCAGUCUAAUCCCACUUAUUUAGAACAAAAUUCAAGCAUAGUUGUUUCACGUAUUAGCAAUAGCCCUGAAAUAGAGAAAGAGAGAGACCAAACUAAAAGUAACAGUAACUUUAUGAAGAAAAGUAAGAAAUCACUAGAUGAGGCUCUUAAAAAGAUAACAAAAAGCAAACCUCAAAUAUUUGAUUCUGCAUUGGAAGUUAACAAAGCUGCUUCUUCCAGAAAUACUGAAAAUUAUAAAAUUGAUAAUCCAGUUUGCUUGAAUAAGAUCCAACCUUCUCUACAAGCUAACAACCUCUCUUCUAAAAAAGAAACCCUGGCAAAUACUCAGUUAAUUAACAUUACAAGAUGUACAGAUCCUAAACGUAGUUGUGAUUUGGAUUCUCAUGAAAACAUUUCCAUUCUUACUGCAUCUGCUGGCAAGUCUAAUUCUUCAGAUUCAAAUAUUUCAGAGUCUAACGAACCGAAGUGCAUGCAAUCGGAUGACAAUAUUCUAAGUGUUUCUAAAAGAAGUCGCAAAAAACUAACUCCGUCAAAGAUAGUUCAAAGUAAAUUGGAUGUCAUCCUCCCUGUCAAAAACACUGAUAAUAACCUUAAAGAGACAAUUAAUAACAAAAUUAAAGGCCUGUCACAGUCAAUUGCCAAGCAAUUAUUUUCUUUGGACAGCAAAAGUAAUGACAGUGUAUUGAAUGCUGAAACCGUGACUGAUGCAAGGGUUUCAAAUCAGUCACAUGAUUCAAGUAAGAUGAACAACUUAACCAAUUCAGAAACUGAUAAAGUAGUUGUUUGUAAUACGGGCACUAAGUCUGAAACCGAAGUUACAUUUAGUAGCAAUGAUAUUAAGAAAACGAAACCCCUUAUUAGUAAUUCAGAAAGCAGUAAAAAAACUGAAAGCACUGUAGCUAUUUCUGAAGCAACUGUGUUUAAUUCUGAAACUAGUAAGAAUUCACAGAUUCAGUAUAGUAAUUCUGAUGUUAAUAAAAAGUGUGGCACUCCAGUUAGUAAUUUAGAAGUUAAUAACAAGUCGGUGAUUCAAGUCAGUAAUUCUGAAACGAAUAAAAAGGCUCAAACUGUGAUAAAUAAUUCUGCAACGAACAAAGAGUCUAGAAUAUUGCCUAAUAAUGCUGAAGUCAUUGAAAAGACUGAAACUACAGUUACUAAAUCUGCCUCUAAGAAAAAGACUGAAAUUUCUGCUCUUAGUUCUGAGCUUGGCAUAAAAUCUAUAGAUUCCUUAACAAAUCUACCUAUUAACAUCACAGGUGAAGUACCGGCUCAACUAAAAGCUCCUUUGGUUAAUCAAAUUUCAUGUAAUUCCCCAAAAUCGUUAUGCAGUCUUACUACUACUAACUCCUUUAAAACGAUUCAAGCUGCUGAGAACAAGUCUGAAGCCCUUCCUGUUCUACAAGCUCCAGUUUUGUUUCUCUCAAAUGAAUGCCUCAAUUCAGAAGUUGCCAGUUCGCAGGAUAGAGAUAGUCCAACCCUUGAAGUGCUGGUCAGCUCUGUGACGCAGAAUUUAGAGAAUUUCGAUGAACAGUCAUGUAUGGAUGAUGACAAGUUCUCAAUUUCUGACCCAACUGAAGAAAAAGAUGGCAAAAUUUCUAAAACCAGUUUGAGUGGUAGCUUGAACUUUAAAGUAAUCAUGCCUGAAGGUGGAAAACUUGGUGUCUCUCAACCUCUUCCUUUGUUUCCCACUGAAACUAUGAAAACCACAGAACAACCUGUCAACGAGCAAUUAUGCAUCGCUUCCAAUUUCCCAAAUUUAAACCAAAACAACACUACAAACAAUGUGCCUGACAAUUUCAGUGUGCAUGAUUCCCUAAUCAAAAAUGUUAGUGGAGCUAGUUUUAAUAAAAAGAUUCCAAGUGUCACUAAUUUUUCUAUUAACGAAUUAGCAAAGACAGUUUCAACUCUUUCUAUUCCCCAUAUGUCGACACCGGUAAAUUUGGAUGAUAGCUUAACUUCGUUAGAUGUUUCUCUGGUCAAUAAAGAAACACCCAAAUCCGGCGUUAGUGGUACCAGGAGAGAUAAUAAAAAUCUCAAUGAUUCAAGUUCUGUAGGAAAAAUUGCAGAGAAAGAAGUAGAUAACCUUAGUGGUAUUUAUCCUAAACGAAAUGAAAAAGAAGAAACAAAAACUUUGCCCGUUGUGAUGGCUUCAGUUCCUUCACCAAUAAAGGCUCAAAAAAGUUUCGAAAGCGAAGUUUCAUUACUUCAUAAAGUUUCUAAAACUUACUCUAAAAAUACUAAAACACCAACAGACUUGCAUAAGGGAACAAAAUCCAAAGCUGAUGCAUCGGAUGAAAAUGAGAGUGUACCGAAAACGAAGUCAAAACUAUCUUUAGGCAGGAAAGGGAAGAAAAAGAGCUCUAAUGAACUUGAUCUCUCUGAACCUUCAAAAGAUGAAUGUUCAUCAACAAUCCAACUUGAAGCAACUCCAACCUCUGUCUCUCACUUACGAGCAUUUAGACGAGAACAAAAUGAUCAGCUAUUGGAUGCUAGUGAAAGUAAAUCCUCUUCAAGCAAAAGUGAUGCUAAACAGAAAGAUGAAUCUGUUUUGAACAAAGAUAAUCUUUCACAAAUUUUAGACCCUGAUACAGUAAAUGACUCUUUAGCUAGCUUAGAUCAAAAAGAUAUUAAAAAAGAACUCGAGGGUGAAGCGAAUGUUGUCGUUAAAAGGGAAUCCGAAGGAGCCAAGAAACAUGCAUGCCCUUAUUGCAUGUUGGAAUUCGCAUAUUUAACUAAUUUUCGUCGGCACACAAGGCAGUGUAGAAGUAAAGCGGGGAUCAGAUGCAGUAGAGAACAAGCUUCAACAUCGUCCUCAUAUUUCAUGCAGCAUUUGCCAAAGAAAGAAGAAGUUGAAGAGUCUAUGUUAAACCUGCUUCGUCAUCAAAUUAGGCAAAAUCAAAUGAUCCAAGAAGUUGAGAAAAGUGAUGUUGAGAAAGAGAUCGUUCCACCAGAGCAAAAGAAACUUCAGACAUAUACUUGUCCACACUGCCAUAAAAUAUUUCUGAAACUUUUCGAACAAGUUAGACAUUUGACCAAUGUUCACUUACUCUCAAAUGAGGAAAUUUAUUUAAAUAAUCAGAAAGACGUUGAUCAAAGUAAAUUGAACAAUGAAGGGUCAAUCUCUGCGUUGGUCGAAGAGAAUUUUAGUGAGGAAAAUGUUAAUGCUAUUCGUAUUGAUCAAAAUUCCACAUCAGCUGUUCCGAUCAGUGGAGAAGAGACUUUUGUUACAAACCAAAAAUCCUGUCCUGUUAGAACUGAGAAGGUGCAGGACACUAUUGAAAAGUCAGGCAUAGAUGAAAGUGAGCAAAUAAAUCCAACUAAUGCGAGUGAAGACGUGAGUAAAGAGGAUGAUGGUAAAAUUUCAAAAGAAAAUAGCUGUUUAAAAGACAGUAAUGAAAAAAUUUCCGAUACCACCGAACUUGUCAAGUCAGAAGAUGACAGUCGUUCUAAUGAGAUGAAUUUGAACGAAAGCAUUUUUUCAGAAACUCCUAUUUCGAACACGUCAAAUUCCAAUCAAAAAGAACUUGUUCACCGUCAAAAGAACAAAAGUAGUAAUCCUCCACUCUUUCAAGAUCUCCCUGUUUAUGGUCAGGGAAGAGGUAGGAAGAAAAAAUCGGCUGAAAAUGAUCUGUCUUCAGUAUCGAAGCGUCAAGAAAUGCUAAGUAUUCCUUGCCUUAAAGAAGAAUCGUCAUCUGAUUCAAUCGAUCAAAGAACUGACAAAGGCGUCGAUGUUGACGAAGAUGAAAAAGAUAGUUGUAGCCCGAAGAAAAUAGUAGUGAGCAAACUGAAAGACACGAUUUCGCACAAAAUGAGACUUUUGACGUCAAAAUGUCCAGUUCCUGGACCUUCAAACAAUGAAGUAAAAGAGGAGGAUCUUGAGGCCAAAGUUAGUCCGGACAGCUAUUUGUCUCGCUCUUCCAGUCAUGACUCCAAUGCUUUCACCUGUGAACAAUCAAAAAGUGAUAUUCAACCAAACACAGUAAGUGGAGCUUCUGUUGCUGAAAGGGAACAAAUUCUUUCCACGUCAUCUAUUCCAAAGCGUGGAAGAGGUAGAAAAUCAGCUCCAAAUUUAAAUACCUGUCCUGAUUCAAAGCCAGUAAAAGGGAGGAAGAAACGUUUCAGUGACUCGAAUGUUUCAGAAACGUCUCACAACGAUGGUUUAGUGACUUCAGAAUCUCCGAAACGAUCUAAACGUACUUCUGCGCCUGAAAACAAUACAACCAAGCUCAUAUCAUCGCUUAAAACACCCCCAAAACGGAAAGGUUUUCGCAACAAGGCCUCCGAGGCUUCAGCUAUCCAUUCCAAGACUGAUAGCAGUAAUAAUGUUCCUCAAGCAGGGAUUAAAGACCUAUCUAGUUCUAGUCUUCCCUCCACUUCUAGUUUGUCAAACUUCCAGUUUGGCAAAGUCAAGCGUUUGAGAAGAUCCAGGUUUCCUAACUAUUGUGAUAGUGAAUCUUCGUUUUCUUCAAGUAUGAUACCAUAUGACCAUUCUGACAGUGAUGACUUUGUAUCUUCUCCCGAAAAGCGACCAGUAGUGAAAAAGAAAGUUCUGCAAAAAGUGUGUCCUAUUUGUAAAAAGAAAUUUACCGCGAGCUUAGAAAGGAACCGACAUGUGCAACUUGUUCACAGUAGAAAGGGACUAGAAACUGAAGAAUCUCCCUCUACACCUUCAGUACAAAUUACCGAAAAUAAGCCUAAGAAAGAAGUCGAAAGUCCAAAGAGUCGAACAUCUUUUACGCGACAAUGUGCUAAACCUUUGCCUCCAAUGAAAAGGAAGUAUGAAAAGCAACCCAGUAAAGAGCUUCCAUUAAAAAGGUUUAAAUAAAAAAGAAUUAACUAUUAAAUAUUACAGCUAAUAAAUAGUUUUGUUUUGUAUAUGAAGCUGGAACUUCAAUUUUGUGAUCCGUACAUAUAAUUUAAUAUAUUAUCGUCGAAGUAAUAACUUAAUUAUUUAUUUUAAUCCUGAAUAACUAAAAAAAAUUUUCAUAGACUACCGAUUUUUGCCCAAAUUUGGGAAUACUAGAUGUUACCAUUCAUUUAAACAUCAUCAAAAACCAAUUAAUAUUUUUACUUAUUUAUAAUCUUAUAAAAUUCGUAUUUUCAUUCUACGCGACAUUUUUUAGACAUUAAUAAAUGCAAUUAAGAAAUAGCUAUGAAUUUGUUGUCUAUGAAUCAACUGAUUUCAUACAUCAUAAUAGUUGAUUUAAGUUUAGUUAUUACGGGUUAAAAACGUUUUUACAGUAUUAAAGUUAGAUCUUUAAUGCCGAAACAGAAUUUAAUUUAGCUUAGUAUGUAAGACUAGUUGUAUAUUGAAAAAAAUGAACUGAAAUAUGUUAUUCUUCUCUUGAAAUAGCUAUGUAUAUAAUUUUAUAGUUAAGGAAAAAAAAAUUUUUUUUCUUCUUUUGUACAUAGCUAUUCCUUAGAUAUAUUUUGUCGAAUCACUUUUUCUUAUUUAUACUUUUAUAACUCUAGCUAAUUGAAGGCAAAACUUGCUUUUCUUAAUACUUCUAAAAUGUAUGAAUUAUUUUCUUCUUACCUCCAAAAAUGGGAUUAGAAAAAAGUUACUUUUUAAGUAAAUCAAGUCAUACAUGCUUCAAAUUACUCUUUAUUGUUUUUGUUUGAAAAUGUUUUUAAUGCUAAACAGAACUUUUUCAUACUAGAAAUAUUUUUAAAAUAAAUUAUGUAUGCAAUCGUGCUUCCGUGUGGAACGCAAGAAAGAAAGAAUAAUAUAUUUUAAAUGGAUCAUUUGGAGUAUAUAAGUGCUUUCCGAAAAAUUGAUUGGUAAACGUAUUAGCUAUUAGUUCAACUUACAAUAAAAAAUCUUGAAAUGUGCCUUUCACGUGUUUAAUACAUAGAGUAGAGUUUUAAUACUUAAUAAAAUUGAGGUAUCUUGUUUCUAAAUGUUUUUCUUAUUUAAUUAAUUUCUAAACUUUUGUCGUAGUUAAAACUUUUAACUAGCUAGCAAGUUUUCAACUCCUCAAUUUUAAUAAUGUGCCUUAUAUACAAAAUUUGAAAAUUUCGUAGAAAAAUUUUAUGUGUUAAAUACAUGGGAUAUUUUCAUAAGCCAGUCUUUCAUUAGUCUUGUCAUUACAUUUAGUGUGCUCUUGUCAUUCAUGUAUAUAAUACUUUCUGAAAAAAUUUAAACAAUAUUUAUUUUUAUUUUGUGUGCCAAAGAUUUGUAUGUCUUUGAUGUUUUAUUAUUUGCGUGUUUAAAUGUGUUCAUAUUUGUUUUUCUGUGUAUCAUUGGAUUAGUGUUAAAAGUAUGGAAGUAAUUGAUUAUUUAAAAUAAGAUGUGCGUGUCGGAUCAUGCGCUAAAGUAGUAAUUUAAAAGAGGGUAAAGGAAUAACUCGAAAAACUCAAGCCAUUAGUUUUCUUUAAAAAAUUUAUUUCAAGUUCGAAGUGUCUGUCAGUCGAAUUUUGGCUUCUAAGCAUUGUAAGUUUGUACGAUUUAAUACGGAAAUAUCUUUAAAAAAUUUUUUUAAUUGAAUUGAAUUUUCUAGAUGUGUAUUUUUGAUUUACGUUGUGAGAGAAAAGAAAAAGUUAAUAAUUUAAACAUUUGAGUUAAAAACAAAUUUAAAAAAUUAAAUUGACUGAAAACAUAUUUAUUUAAAUCAGUUAUCGUUUUAUGCAUUCGGUUCUCUUCAAAAAAUAUUUUUAGCAAAUAAAAUUUAUUAAGUUUAGUGUUCAUAAAAUUUUGACUAGGAUGUAAUUUUUCGACUUUAUAUAUACUUUGGGAUAGAAUUAUAUAAUAAGGAAAAGAAAAAAAAAAAAUCACGAUUUUUUGUCUCAGAUCUUAAUUUUGACCUUUAAAUUAUUGAGCUAUGAUUGCUUGUCCGAACUUUUAUAAUAUUUACUUAAGAUAAAUGCUUGGCAAUGUACAUCGAAAUUUUACGUUUAGAUAACGCCUAGUAUAAAUUGAUUAAUAAAAACAUCCCAAUUAAGAGUCUUAUUGCGCAGGGCAUGUACGCACAGUGAAAAGGGACUUUUACUUUAAGGAUAAUGGUUAAUAUCCGAAAUUCAAAGUUUAUUCGAGAAAACUUUUACAAUUUCCUAAUGAGUACAUUAGAAAACUAAUAAAAGCCUUAAGUAUUCCUCUCCUUUUAUUUCAGUGUUAAUAAAUUUUUGACUGUAACAAUCGUGCCUUAAAUUUCCUUGCAGUGCCUUGAAAUAUGUAUUUUUUUAUACAUAUAUUCUAUAUAUAUGCAUUUGUGUAAUGAAUCAUGUUAUGAAGUAUUUUAAAGGCUGUUAAUGCUGUUUCAAUGCAGGCACAAAACUUUAACUUCUAAUACUAUUUUAAAACCUUUGUGAUAUCAGUCAGUUUGUUUCCUAAGUUUAGAUUUACCUUGUAUAUAGAUUUCAUAUGUAGUGGAAACAUACUUUUUCUAUUCGUAUUCCUUUAAUAUAUUACGUAACAAAAACUAAAAGAAUAUUUUUAAAAUCUUUUUUUCCGCUAAUAAUCAUUUUAAUUAGUCUUAAUUCAUAGUCAUUUUCAACAAAUAGUGUAUUUGGAUAUUGAUGUUUUUAUUUAAUUACAAAUUUUGUGUUUAAUAUAUUCGUGACUGUAUAAAAAUAACUCUGCAGCAACAGAAAAACGUUAUUUGCACUUUGCCAACCUUUUAUUUUAUAAGUAUCCACCUAUACUAACUAAAAAUAUAAUACAAAUUUUAUUUUUCAUUGAAGAUGUUUUCUAGAUUUAUGUUUCGUAUAUGGGUAAAUACUUAUUUUCUAAAUUGAUUUAUUUGUUCAAAGUUUGUAUUUUAUUUCAUGUGAAUUGCAUUUUAAUUGUUGCUUAUGUAUUUUGCAUGAAAUGUACCUGUACAUUUUUAUUAUAUAAAUCACUUACUGCUCAUUCUUUCUAGAAAUUCAUAGACAUAUGAGCUUGAAUUUCACAAUUUUGUCUAUUAUUUAUAAGUUGUUUCCCUUGAUAGAAAGAUGUGAUGGAUUAAUAAAUUUUUAUCAUUUAUAAUUUA